ACAUUUUUAGAUUCGUUGAAGAAUCAUCACUGCUUGAAUCUUCCGAAACAUCACUUCCACUCUUAUCACGACUUGUGUCACUGCAUAAGUUUGUAAAGGUAUGUCACAUUAUCUUUUUAGCUGAAACAACAGCUUGGAGAAGUGUCCAAAAAAUUCAACUGGGUGUUAUCUAAAAUGAUACACCCAUUUGUUAUAAAAAAAAUUCAACAUUCGAUUAGGAAUCAUUUUUUCAUUUAUUUCACAUGCAGGCUUUUUGUUUUUUAAAAACAAAGCUGGGUUAUGAAAGAAACAUAGAAAGUCUUUUAGAAUCUUGUCUAGAAUGGAAGAAGUUUUAAGAGAGCAUUCAAAAUUUUUUUUACCUUCUUAAGAAGAAAUUAGGUAACACUCACUCAAAUAGUUAAACGACCACUGUUGUAGUGAAACGCCAAAAUUUUUUUUUGUGUUAAAACAUAAAGCCACGUUUUGUGUUGAUUGAAAGUACUAAGAAAAAAAAAAACAAGAACAUUACUCAACAUUUCUUUUUUUUAUUGGGUUAUGAUGCAACAAGACACAAAUUGUUCUUUAAAAACAAAACAAAAAUGUAUUGUGUUAGCAAGAUCGCCCAUCUUAGAGAUUAUCUGUAAGAAUGGCCGUGCAGCGCCGGCUGUGGAAGUUUUAUUGGAAAUUCCCACACAAUCAAAUAUGAUGAAAACUUUAAAAAUUUGUUUUGUUUCCCAUUUGGGAGAAUCCUUAGGACAAUUUAUAUGCCCAACAGAUCUUAUAUGUUUAUGUAAUUUGGAGUUGGACGUAUUGAAUACGCAGCAUACUGAGAUUCUAUUAGGAUAUGGUGGGUACGACAAUUUACCACAGGAUUCAAACGACACCAAGAAAGGUAUCACUCUUGUUAUAUUUCGAAAAACUUUCUCAAUACCUGCAGUCAUUGAAAUGUGUGAAAAAAAUAGCAACAUUCAAUUUCAAUAUUUACCCGAGUGGACACAACAAUUCUAUCAAUGGAAAGAAAAUCUUCACCAAAAGGGUUUAUUGAAAGUAUGGGAUAAACGUUUUAAAAAUGUUCCGAUUCCAUCUAUAGAUAUUCUCUUUACUGAUUUGGUACAUCUUCAGGAACGGGCAAUUGUCAACUUCUUUGCAUGUGUAGUGGAAGCAUGCCUUCCUCCUCGUUUCGUCACCUUACCUUCCGUAGGAGAAGUCGCCGCUAUGAAUAUCACUGUUGUCGAUCCUUCUAUUUCUCAAAGUUUUCGUACAGCUCUACUUACUCGAAAUAAUUUACGGCUCAGUGUGAUGAUUUGGGCACCGAAACCUGAAUUACUACCGACGAUUACUUGUGGUGAUAUUAUUCAAGUCAUUCAAGGAGGUUUUUACGUGAGCCAAGAUAUGAAAAUAAGAACUGUUUAUUUGAAUUGUCGUACUGAUCCAGCCUAUACGCAUCUUUCCCUUUGGCACAUUAACAAAUAUGGCAAAUCCUGUGAAGACAAUCUUACCGAUAUAACACUUCAAGUAGCGUCACCUCAAUGGGAGAAUUCUUCUAUUCUUUUUCAGUAUUCACACAAGGAUAACAAAUUUCAUCAAAGUCAAGUAUCCGACUCUCUUCCUAGUUUUUGGGAAACUGUGGCAACAUUAGCUCAAUGGGUCAACGAGUCUUUAUAUGAUACUUAUUGUUUUAAGAAUGAAUACACAAUGUCGUUAUACCAAACAUGUGAACCUCUUACUAAAAAGUAUUGUGAUAUACUGGUUUAUACACUUUCAAAUGUUCAUCAAGCACAAGAAAUUUUACAAAAACAAUCUUUUCAAGUCUCUCAAUUGAAUGGUACUUCUUUCCAUGCUCCACAGAACCGUUUUACGCAUUUUCAUGUACAACAUCCUAUGAACUCUCAAUAUGACCGGGGUUUCAACAAGACGCUUUCCAAUUCAUCAAAUGUCGCUUCUAUCUGUUUUCAUGUUUAUGAUGUGAAUGGUAUAACUUUUUUUAAAAAUUCCCAUCAACCUGUCCUAGUUCAUCUCAUCAAUCUUUCAUUACCUCAUAAUCUUUACUUGUCGCAACAUAUUGAUAAAGGCGAUUGUAUUUUACUUAAAAAUUUACUUUUCAUCAAGCUUCUUCCCAAUUCUCAACAUAAUGGUUUAAAUGCAUUGGAUGUUUAUGAAUUUGAUGCUUCAAGAUGCCGAUCCGUCAAAAUCCCCUUCUUUUCAAAGGAAGUACAGCCUAUCACGCUUCACUUAACAACAUCUUUUUAGCCUUUUUCUCAUUUUUUUAGAGAUAAAAUUGGUACGCAUCGUUUCAAAAACCAAAGUCCUUUUUAAAUCCCCAGUGUUAUUUUUAAUUAAAUAGUUUUUUGAAAAGAUCCAGUGUGAUGCUUUUCACCUAUCAGCAGGGGUCAUUCUACCACCCUUUUCAAUAACACAACGUUACAAGACCAAUUUACUUGAGCCUUUCGUCAGUACAACUAUUUUAACCAGAGUCUAUUUUUGAUAGUUAACAUUACUAAAAAAAACGUUCCACGCUCUACAUUUUUUGAAAAAUGUCUGUACUAGAUGUCAAUAAAACCAAAAGUUUUUUGUUAAACUAAUGGCUACCUCAACUUAUGAAAUGUCCUUUAUUGUA